GUCCAAACAACUUUUCCAGAGAAACUCCACAUCGCUGCCACAACGCGUCCAGGAGCCGAAGUGCUGAGAUUUAACAAAGCGAAAGACGAGCACCUCAGAUAAAAAACGUGUCGAGGAAUAAGCGGGACGACAUUAAUUUGCUUUUGAGUCUAUUUCCUCCAAUAUAUAUUUAUAUUUUUCCUUCCGACUGCCGUUUCUGUUUGGGAAGUUAAAGAUGUGGAGUCUGAGGUUGUUGUUCCUCGUCGGGCUGGCGACUGGGUUUAUCAGUGACAAACUCUUUGUGUCCUCCCAGUCACCCCACUCCACGACAGAUGAUAUGUACCUAGAGGGUCAAACAUCAGGUGACCUCCCUAUAGAUGAUGAAGAUCGUGAAAUUGACGGUUCUGGAGGCUCUGGAUCUGGAGACUACAUUUUCACCCACUUGACGGAUGAAGAGGAGAGACUCAUGAGGUUCCUUAACUUCUCCAGGACCACAGUCUCCAAAGAAAUGGUUCCAAGUCAGCCACAGCCAACAGCAAACUCUCCUCAUGAACCACCAACCACAGCAGCAGAAAGCCAGGAUACACCAACCACAAUGAAGGACACCAAGAAAACUACAUUCAUAUUCCCUGAAGGGGAUAAGAAGGUCGUAGAUGUUGGACCAACAGCUGACUUCUUCACAGAGAGUACCAGCUCCACCAGCAUGCCUCCCACUGAAACUACUGCAAGCAAAUUCAGUGUAACCAAAGAUACAGAGGAGGACAACAGUCUGGAUAGGUGGGACGUCUCAACACCCAAGGACAUUGAAGAUGUCCAGAUUGUAGAAUUCGAAAAUGGAAUUAUGGCGGGAAAUGGCGUCAGGAUAUAUGACGUGGACUCUCCCGAAGAGGUGACCUCUGAGAAUCUGUGGGAGAGGACGGAAGUGCUGGCAGCGGUGAUAGCAUGUGGAGUGGUUGGAUUCCUCUGUGCUGUUUUCCUCCUCCUUCUCCUCGCCUACCGUAUGAAGAAGAAGGACGAAGGUAGCUAUGACCUGGGAGACACCAAACUUUCCACAACAACCUAUCACAAAGCGCCCACCAAGGAGUUCUACGCCUGAACAAACCUAUAGGGGCUUUAAAUGGAAUCUGUCUCCUCCCCAAUCAGGACUGAGAAUGGAUGGGAUCCAUAAACAACUAAGAUGAUUUCUCUUUGAGUUUGAAGUUUGAAGUCAGACAUCUCUGUGUUUCUGCAGUGCUCCUUUUUUUUUCUUUCAUCCUUUCCUACCUUCUGUUAUCCAUUUACAUCUCUAUAUGUGUUGUUUGUGAAGAGGAGGUCAGUAGAGAACAAAUAGGACUAUUAAAAUACAUUCCUAUCAUUCCACUCUAGGAAGGGAGUUAGACAUUAAAUUCACAUCCUAAAUUUUAAGAAAGGAAUCAUGUCUAGACUGUCACAAUGAGACGGAACUAGUCAACUUCAGAGUAUUGACAACACUGCCUUUAGACCCACAUUACUUCCAAGCUGAACUACUCUGGGCAGGUCUUUGUUCUGCAAUACAGACCAAUCGAUCGUCCCGUUUAGCAGAACUACUGCCUGAACUGUCGCAGCUUAUCUUAUCAGUGUCGAGAAAGUUCACAAAAACGUAUAAUUAGCCUUAAUGCAUCUUGAAUGCUGUUAAUAGAAACAGUACCACAUAUGGGACUAGUAUUACGAAAGGCCUACAAAAAUUAAAACCCUUUGCCUUUGUUUGAGGUCAAAUUUGUUGACAUUUUUCAUUGUUACAUUUCAUUUUCUGUAUGCUUUGUUUGCUGAAUUGAACAUUUUUUUGUUGUUAUGAGAAAUGAAUAUGAUUUUUUCAAUAUGCUGUCCAGUAUUGUUAUGAGAGAUUGUUACUCUGCAGGUACAUUUUUGUUGUUUUUUCAUAGAUAUUUGACACUUAUAGAGCUGACCAAAUAUAAAUGUGCUUUAUUUGUCUUUUUGGGAGAAUUACUUUUAGUAGCUUUUACAAUGUGUUUUGAUGUUUAGAGAUUAUAUUUCCAUAAGCCAUUUUUAAAAUGGGAUUUCAGUCCUUUUAUCAUUCUAUUCAUUCAGUAGACAGUAAAAGUCCCUCAACCUUGCAUCUGUCCAACAUUAGUAAUAUUUUCAGGGUUUUCUCAGAUUUUAUUUGGUGACUGAGCGCAGCAUUGUGCGGACAGGAUUGCAAAGGUAGAGCCAAGGCUAACGACUAUAAUUCAGAAACCGUAGAGGUGACCAACGUUAUCUGACGACAGCCAAAGAACAUUCCUUUCAGACUGUCAACUCUUUACAGCUACAAUAGCAGGUUUGAACUUAAAGGGACAGUGAUGGCAUUUAGUGUUUUUCUUACAACAUACAGUGUCCGGACUUGGAGAGUUAAAAUUAUAGACAUCUUUGUUUAACUCUCAACGUAACUAACUGGAUUAUCCCAAAUCAGGAAUUUGUUCUUAAUUUCAAGUAGUUACAGUGCCACUGCCGGUUUCUUCUUAUCUUUCUUUACCUCAACCAGCCAACCAAAGAAGCAGUGGACAUGUUUAGAGACUUUUAGGAGACAGUCAACAGCAAUGACAAUGGGGUCAGAUUCUUUUUUGGUAGCACAGUAUUAUUACUUGUAUACCACCUGUCAAAUAAAAUAUAUAUAUACUUUUUCCCCCCUAUAUAUAGUCACUAGCUGCCUACUGCUUAAUAUGUGUCAAAGAACAAUACUUUUCACAUCAGCCUCUUAUUAAAAUGGUGUAAAUGACUUGGUGACCUUAUAGUCUUUAUCAAAAGGUCAAUUACAUUUUUUUUUUCAAUCAGCUUUGGUGAUCAAGAUGACUGGGAUCACUGGUUGAUACAUACAGAGAAGUAGUUGAACUAGAGGACUAGACCUGCCCCCAUACACCCACACAUUCUCAGUGAAAUAGGUUUCACAAUGUUUUUUUUUUUCAGUUGCUCUUUGAGUAUUGAAUUUGAGUUUAAUAACGAAUAUUAAAUUGAUAUAGGCAAUUCUUUAUCGGAUUGUAAUGUCAGUUUUUGUUUGUUUCUAGUAUAUCCUGUGUCAGAAGUCACUGCUGUUAUCAGCGGCAGUUUCUGUGUCUAUUGACAUUUUGAUUCACAGUUGAUGUGUGUGAGGCUAAGUUUUUUUUGUCUUUUAAUUGAGGCUACUUAAUAGUGUUUACAUGAAAUAAUUCCUUUGCCAUAUUAGAAAUUACUAUUUUAAAGCUAUUCUAUUUUGUCUAAAUGCAAAUGCAAACUACCUAUUCAUUAUGGCUGGAAUAAACAGGGCGACCUUUUCACUAACCCACUGUGACUUACUGUUAAAACAUGAAAUUUGUCACUUGAAUCCUCAGUGCCUCACAAUACAUUUUAUGCAUUAAUUUACAAGAUAGGUGUCAUGCUUUGACCUUCGAGAACAGAAUAGUUUUGGGAGAAACUCUUUACAUUUCUGUUGAUAUAGACAACAGAAAUGUCUGACAUAAACCAUACCCAUAGGGUUAAGACAACAGGUUAGCACUUGCUGGCAAUCCAACAGGUGCUGACACGCAAUAACCUUUCUCUUCUAGGAUUUCUAUAAUGUUUAUACAGUAUGUUGAUGAUACUAUAAUUUAUGUGUAUUAAUUUAUACUUGUUUAGACCAUAAUCCAGGUAAUAUGUCAGUAAAUUGGUAUUGUACAGUAUUUACACAUGGUCAAAGCCUCUUUGUGCCUACUGCUCAGUUUGUUUUAUAUUUAUGUUUUUAGUGUAUUUGACAAGCCUUGGUUCAAUUCAGUUUCAAUUUCAUUAUCAGUUGUCUAGCUUUUUUGAAAUACUUUUUUUCAUAUGAAUACAUUAAUAAAUGAUUAUAGUAGGAUAAGUUCUUUGUAAAUAUAUAGCAGCUUUAAUUUUCAUUUUAAUCGAAAUUGAAUAUGAAUUCACUGAAGCCUUGAUUUUAACAAAUUAACACCUACAAAAUGGAGGGGACCAACCAAAAAUCUAGAAAAUAGUGACAUAAGCAGAGGUGGCCAAUAGAGAGCUAUGUUGCUGAAAUGGUGUAUCUCAUGAGGUUCACUACUGAAUAAAGAUGUGGCUUUAAUGCAA